UGGAUUUACUUUAUGAUAUCAACAGAGUUCAGCCAACGCGACGUGUACCUGGAAAACCCGGGUCUGCUCUCGGUUCCGGUGAAAAACGCCACACUCUCCCGCCAUUGCUUUCUCCUCUCAGUCCGCGCGGACAGUUUCCCGUUGUUAAAAUGACUUUUUACAGACUUCUCUCGGCGGCUCUUGUACCGAUCUGUUGGCUGUUCGUGUCCGCGGCGGAGGAUGUGACUUCAGCGGCCCCCGGCAGCACCGCGGCGAUCAAACCCGCCGUGACGAACUCCAGCGGGCUGAACUCCACACACAGCGGCGGCGGCGAGAAGGGUGCCGGAGGGCCGUCUGACGGGUUCGAUGUGGACAGCUCGAUGAUCCAGAGGGCCCUGUACGUCCUCAUCGGCAUCACCAUGAUCGGAGUUCUCUACUUCCUGAUCCGAGCCGUGAGGCUGAAGCGACCCACCUACAAGAAGAAGUACGGCCUGCUGUCCAACUACGACGACUCCGUGGAGAUGGAUGCGGUGGAAAGCGAUGAGGACGAAACGCUUUACGAAGCUCGCAGCCUCCGCAGAUGAGUCCCGUCGGAGCUGUCGUGUCGUCACCUGACGGAUCGGACGUGAUCACAUGGUAUUGAUUAUGGAUCAGAGAGAGAGACUGCUGGAGGAGGAAAAGAUGGACCAAACAGUUAUUGAAGAUUAACGCCAAAGCUGCUCGACGAACCCGAGCGGGAUAAUUAUUAUUUUUUUAAGGUGGUAUUGGUUAGUUUGUGUUGAUAUAAUCACCUUCUGUUUAUUAUUAUUUCUAAGAACGUUCUUGUGUCUUGAGUUUUCUGCUCCGACUGUGCUUAAACUACUGCAGACUGACUCCAGACCAGCUGAGACACUUUGAGGUUUCACUUUCACUUUCUGCCAUCUGAUGGCGGCAGCGUGUUCGAGUUUAAACGCUGUGUUAAAGGACGAUUCCGCUCUACUGAUGUGACUCUCCACCUGAGACUCAGUGAAAUUAGAACGUAGUUCACAAUAAACCUGAGUCAUCUCAAACACUCUGAGUCUGUGACACAAAGUAAACACUGAAAGCAGCCGUGUGAUUGGCUCACUGCAGACGUCCAGGUCGACUUUGUUUACCUGUGUGAGGCUGUGUGGCUGUUUGCAAACGAGUGCCUGAAACUUCCUGAUGUGCAGGAAUGAAGCUGCACAGUCACAGCUGUGUGACGACUCCUCGCUCUUCACGCUCACUCUGAGAUGUCUUUUUUAUUUUGGAGUAUUUUUUUUAAACUGAAUAAUCCAACACAGCCGAAACUUUCCUGAGGUGAUAUCAGAUCGCAGUGACAGUUCACACGGUCAUACAGCCCCUGGAAAAGUUAUCAAACUACAAAAUCUGUUUUCCAGGCUUUGAAUGAACGACAUGUUUAGAAAGUGUUGAUCACACAUUGAUUUGGCUGUUGUUUAAAAAAAGUUCACAAAGAGCCAAAGACAUGUCUGACGUUACGUGAAAUAUCUUCCUUGUGUUUUUAAUUAGAAAGAAUAGGAACACAGUUUAAGAUAACCUUCAUUUUAUGGAAAACCGUCUCUGAGGACGCCGUAGUAGAAGAUAAAGUUUCGUCUUUGGUUAAUUCUAAUGUGUAUAUUCAGGCUGUAAUGGCUGCUGGACGCUCAGCAGAAGAGUGUGUGUUUGGAUUACAUGAACUGAAUCACUGAUGUGCUGAAAGAUAAUUCAUCAUCAUUGGAACUGUAAAAACUCACAUCUGUCAAACAUGGAUUUGUCUCAUUGUCCUUGGUUCAAACUUGAGUAGACGUCCACACAGAAUAUCAUUUAAUGUAGAAGCAAUAUCAGACACCUUUGUAGCUAGCUAGCUAACGCUGUCUGUUCAUGAACUCCUGGAUCAGAACAGAAUAUAGAAACUGCUCAUUUUAGAAAGGACACCACAAGAAAACAUGUUCUUUGUUGAAAUUAAUAAACAGACACUGGGUCAUUGUUUGUCUCUACCUGUCAGCGAUCAGCCAUAGGUAGCAUGCUAGCUACGUUAGCUACAUGGCUAAUGUUAGCGAGCCUUUCACUUUCUGUGCCUGGAUGCAGAUGAACCGAUCUAAAUGCACAUUAAGGUUUUCUUGUGGUGUCCUUUCUAAAGUGAGCAGUGGUGACAGUUAAUGUACUUUGUUAUGAUUCAGGAGUUAAUAAACAGACAGCGUUAGCUAGCUAGCAUGCUAGCACAUUGAUAAGAUGGACGUCCACAUUAAAUUAAAUUAUAUGUGGACGUCUCCACAACUAUUAAUUAAGGAUAAUAAGCCAAAUCCAUGUUUGACAAAUGUGAGUUUUUUUCAAUUCUUAUGAUGAUUUAUCACCAUGUAAAUAAUAAAUAAUCCAAACACACUACUGAGCGUCCAGCAGCUAUUACAGUCUGAAUAUCCAGAUUAUAAUUAACUGCAGACAAAACUUUAUUUCCACUACACGUAGAUCAUAAACUCGUGGAUCGAAAAAUGACUCAUUGCAAUCGGUUGAGAAAUAUAAACGUUAGUGAUUUUUAUGUUUUAUUUGGCGCUAAUGCCGACACCACUACUGUCACUUUCUGCCGCCAGUUUGGCUCCGCCCACAAAACACGUUUACAAACACAAAAAGAAUCUUUCAUCAAAAAAACAUUUUCAAUUGUUUUUGCUGAAAACCGCACGCAGAAAAAUAAAACAGGCGGGGCUCCCACAGAGCGCUGCAGGAUGUACUUCUCUGUAGGCCGACCCUGAAGUCAGCGUCACCCUGGUUCCCUGGUCAGAAAGCAAACAGGAUUUUUUUUGUUUGAUUUUGGAUUAUUACAGAAAAUAAACGUUUCUGAUCCUUCAGGUUUUGUCCAGUGAGAUAAUCUUCACUGACAAACACCACUUUAUGAUUAUUGAAGAAUAAAUUAAAUCAACAGAGGUAAAACGCUAACGUAAGGCUGUAAACUAACUACAUCACGGUCACAUGACUUUAACGUCGCCACCACAGUGAGGCUAUAAAGUCGUGUUCAGCGUGACAACGUUCUUUCGUCUCAUUUAGACUCUUGUUAGAGACACAUAAAAGCUUCAGAGUUCACACUGGGUAUUUACUGACGAAGAACAAAAUGUGAAAGUCUCUCAGCUUGUUUUUAUUUCAUACACUGAACCAAAAACACACUGACCUCAAGACCAGGGAACAGGAAGCGCCAACAUGCUAACAUACUAACUCAUUUCUGGGUUUUAAGAAUCAUACCCGGGGCACUCUCUUCUCUACACCAGUGAUUCCUAACUGUUCCACAUUUCUCAGUCAUCAGUUUAGCCUCCGCACACUUUAAGACAUGCUGCAUCAUACCUGCCUUUGCCUAGUUUGCCGUCUUCAAAAUAAAAGCUGUGCCAAAAAUUUACUGUACUUCAAAAUAAAGUGUUGGGUUUUUUUUGUUUUUUUACAAACUUGACACAUUCGCGAGUCACUUGCUGUCCACUCAGAACGAACCCACGACCCACCAGCUGGGAACCACUCAGCUCACGCUCAGCAGCGUCUGAGAAGCACUGCUCACACAGGCAGUGUGGCUGAUCUAACCUCUUAAUAUGGACGCCAAAAAACAAACAAACAACAACACACACGCCUGAGGCAGGCAGUGUGUCACAGGCGUCAGCUACAUGUAAAUAAACCAGUUUAUUUUGUGUUGAACAAACAACAAAGUGUUUGAAAUGAUCUGAGUCAAAGUUACGUUCAUGUAAAACCCAUCAGGCUGAUAUAAAGAGGAGUUUUCCUUUAAGUUGGUCUUAAGUAAAAUCCCGAUGAUGAUGAUGAUGAUAUGAUGUAAGAUGUACUGGGGGGGGGCUCUUCAUGAGGUGGACGGAUGAGCUCACUGACUUUACGAUGAAUCAUUUCCUCAGAACUGGAGUUUCUCAGAAACAACUUUUAGUGACCAAUAAUGAGAAGAUCGUCAGUUUAAAGCCAAAUAAAUAUGAAUUCAUUGUUUAUUUAUUAUUUGAAUCUUUUUUUCUCCACCUGUUGUUUUUCUGCCUGCAGACGACUCAUGUGUUUCAUAUUCAGCUGCUUUUCAGCAACUAAAACUCUCAGGUCACAUUUCAGUUUCACAUUUCUCAUAUUUCCAGGAGAAUUCUUGGAACUUAUGAAAUGAACAUUUUAACAUGUUUCAGAAUCUUUGAUAUUUUCCACUGCUUUAAACUGAAGGUAAAUGAAGUGCCCAUAUUUCUCUCUGCUGCUGUUUCCUGUCAGAAAAUGCCAAAGUUUCACUUUUACUAAAAACAUUAAAGUGUUUUUAAAAUCUC